AUUUGCUACGACCAAGGUUAGAGAUCAAUUCACUCACCGACGGCGGAUCGUCAACCUCUUCUCUUCGGCAAGCCCUUGUAGACAGGAACCGCCAUGGCUUCUGUGCUGCCCCAAUCGACGUUCCCGGCCAAGGGGCGAGGCAGCAGGCCGUCGCUUUCAUCGCUCGUGACGGAUGCGAAACGGUCAGUUCGCUUCAAUGUGGACAAACAACAUGGACAUGGCCCAAGCGAAACGUGGUCUUCUUUGAAGGCAUCGCUACCCGCCCUUCGAAUAAGCGUCCCAUCGCCCAGAACGGGUGCUUUCAUUCUGAGCUGCCUACUUUGGUACUUCUCCAGCGCCCUGUCGUCAAACACCUCGAAAGCUCUCCUCUCAUCCAACAAACAUGUCCAACCUCGCCCGCCGCCAUUGUUCCCAUACCCCGUCACGUUGACCCUGGCUCAAUUUUUCUUCGUACACAUCUUCAGCAGUGCAAUCUCGUCGCCUAAUAUAAUGCGAUGGGUCCCCGGCGUGAGGAAGCCUAUCACGAGGAUCGUCAAGAAUCCUGGCCGUGAUCGCAUCCUCGACAUGGCGAAGCUCAGUGUCUUCAACGUCGUCGGCCAUGCCCUUUCUAGCAUAGCUCUGAGCCGGGUUCCUGUCAGCACUGUACACACAAUCAAGGCCCUCACACCUCUCUUUACAGUGCUGUCUUUCCGCCUGAUGUUUGGUGUCACCUACUCGAUGCUCACUUACGUCUCGCUCUUCCCCCUGACUCUUGGAGUCAUGAUGGCAUGCACUACCCUGUCGUUUUCCGCAAACGAUCUGAUGGGACUCGCCACCGCUCUAGGCAGCACGCUCGUCUUUGUCGCCCAGAGCAUCUACAGUAAAAAGCUUAUUGGACGAGGAGAAGGUCAGCACAAGGCCGGCGGCAAGCUGGCAGGCUCACACGGCGACGGGCAUGGCCACGGCUUUGGUCCAGACGGGAAGCUGGACAAGAUCAACAUUCUCUACUACUCGAGCGCAUGCUCUGUUGUCAUCAUGCUGCCCAUGGCCCUCUACUACGACGGUGCAAGCCUUCUUCUGGGUACUUCUGGUGCUGCCUCGUCGAUGCUAGAUCAGCAACAGGAGUCCAUUCUGCCCUCAUCGUCGAGCGCGUACAUCACUUACCUCCUCGUCGCCAACGGUGUUGUGCACUUUGCGCAAAACUUUCUCGCGUUCAGCGUCCUGGCCCUCGUCUCGCCCGUCACAUACAGCAUUGCCUCUCUCUUCAAGCGAGUCUUUGUCAUCUGCUUUGCCAUCGUCUGGUUCGGACAGUCGGUCAGUUUGCUCCAGUGGGUCGGAAUCGUCCUUACCUUUGUUGGGCUUUACUUGUACAACGACAGCAAGGCAACCAAGAGCAUUCACAAAGGCGAGGAGAAAUUGCGAAGAGAGGAGCGGCUCAGCGAUCUGCGCCUUCCGACAUCCAAUGAAGAAGGCCUACGAGACCUCAAUGUCGCAGAAGCGGCAGUAUCUCCUCGCUUUCACCACCAUCACCAGCAUACCGUGGCAGAACCAUACAGCACGAUUCACUACCCAGGCAGAUCGCCCUUGAGUGCGGGAGCCACCACGUCGGGUGCACAAGGCAUACGUAGCUUUGCGGGCGUCGGUCGACGCUUCUCCGUUGGGCCCGACAGCAAGCCAGCAUUCUCUCCACAGCAGCCACACUAUCAGCAAGAGCAGCAGCAGCAACCACAACAACAUCCGCACCACCAGCACCAUCAUCCUAGUCAGCAACUCCUCUCUGGCCAAGAUCCUCGGACGUCGAUCCCGUCUCCUCCCCCUUCCAGGCGGUCAAGCUCCGAAGACCAGCAGAAGCUAUCAUAGACGCUCCGCGAAAUAAUACUCUUAGGGACACUAGUAUAUCGUUACAGGAGCUUCGACUUACUUUAUUUUGUCUAAAUGCAUAGUAUCGCAACGC